UGAUCUUCGCUUUUCAUUUGUUGCUUUGUGUGAUGUUCAAGGGUUCUUUUCAUCUUUAGCUGCAUAACGUGCCUGACAUCCAACGUUCGCCGUUGAAAGGGGGAUCCGCAUACCCUUGUUUUGUGUGAAUCUCUGUUUUCAGUAGACAGCAUGCGGCGCUCCUUUGGUAUGGAACUAUCAAGCGCCUCUCACCCCUUCCUCCUAGGGAAGGUGCAACACAAGGAGUGCCAAUUACAUGGCUUCCCUAUUACGAGGGUCAAUACUUGGAGAACAUUUUGCACAGGUCUCGUCCUUUCCAUGUGGAUUGACCUUCCAAAGAAGGACGUUGAAUACAGGCCUAAAGCCUCCUGGACUCUCUCCCUCUCCCUUGUUGGGACCACAGUCCCGCAAAAAAACCUGAGAUUGCCACUUGAAAGUUGCUCCGACGAGUGACCUCCUGUUCUCGCUCUGCAACUGCAAGAUCUUCUGAAAAAUUUCCUUAAAGUUUAAAGGAGUGUCGUUGGGUUUAUUAUGGACAGUUGGAGGGGUCAAAAGGGUUACAAUCGUCACCAAGGCACUCAGGGGAACAGAUCGUUCAGAAGAAAGCCUCCUACCGGCAAUUGGCGGCCAGCCGUGCCAUCCUGGGAGAAGGAGUUCUGCAGAUUGGUAGGGUCAGUUCCCUGGAGAAAGCUUGUGGAAGCAAAGCGGUACAUCCACUUACACGACAAAGUGCUUAAGUGGGACGACUUGGCAGCCGAGGAAGCGUUUCGCGAUGCGAAGGCACGGUUCUGGGCAGGGAUCAACGGAACUCCAUGCAGCAUUUCUCUGCCUGAUCCAAAUCUGCACAUAGAUGAAGUAGAUUGGGCAUCCGAAGUAGACCCUGAUCUGCUUUGCGACUUGGAUCGGGGGCCUGAAGCCCUUGAUGGCGGCGAUAAUAGCGGGACGAUUAUCUUUGGGGAUGUCCUAGUGAAUCAGUGGGCAAGUAAUCGUGAGGAUCCCAAUAGCAAAGAUGGUUGUAGCCCAGGAAUAGUCUGUGACAAUUGGGAUACAUGGGAUUGGGGUGACCUGAAUAGGGAACCCGAACCUGCUAGACCCUAUGUCGCAAGACACAAGCCCUCUGGAUUCCGGCGGAAAGAUCAGCAAAGGGUUUACGGACGGAAUCAGCUCAGGGUUCACUUCCCAAUCUACUUUGUCGUUAUGGAGAUUUGGAUCAGGCCAAGAGAUGUCACGCCGAAGGCGGUUGGUCUCAGCCCCAAAUCAUUCCUUUGCGACGUGAAACGCCUCCGGAACUGCUGAGUCGUUCCUCUUGACCACUUGGACAUGUAAGUGGCAAGUGCCUCCUUGUUUCCAUGACCUUCUCCAGGGAAUCGAGCCGACCAAUCUGCAGAGCUUCUUCCUUGAUCGCACGGCUGGUUGCCAACUGCCUGCAGAAGGAGAGAGUCGAUAGGUGGACAAAAUUUUUGCUCUGAUGUCACCUGAGUCUACCGGAUUGACCUACCAAAGAAUGGUAAGAAUAAUUGAAUCCCAACUAU